UUUCGCUGCUCUCCCAUUAUUAGUUGCGAGUGAACCGCUGAUCGAGCGUAAAGCAUAUUUGUUUGCUGUGCUGUAGUUAUUGUGAAUCCUUAUCAAGCUUUUAAUUGUUUGUAAAACAAUUUAAUUGGCUUUUUGCCAUUAAGAAAAUGAGCCAAGUAUCUAAGUACGAGCCCAGCGCUGCAAUGCUGCAUGCGCUAGAGCUAGAAUUUUCUGAUGAAAUUCUUACUAAAACCGAUGCAACUUUUCGUUCCUAUUUGGAGCAUCGUCAAUUGAACUAUGAAAAUGCAAUUUCCGUACUUAGGAUGUUGCUCAGCAUUGAGGACUUAAGCACACUAAUGCAGUAUUCUCAGAUAAUGCAGUUCGAUGUGCCAGUCCAAUUGACUAAGGCGGGCAGAUUAUCCAUUAAGCUGUCCCAAAAGGCAAAUCAGAUAAUGUUGGUACCCUUAGUGGACGAGGUUGUGCUACUGCCCGUUGGCACUCUGUCAGCUUCGGAACAGCCAAUACAACGCAUCCCGAAACUCUUCAACAAUGUUGGCAGAGUUUUUGUAGUUACCAAUGUGACGAAAGAGUGCGUUAUCAUAGAACCUAGUAGAUUCUCCAAUGUGUCACCAAAAUCAAUUAAAAACACAAAUUUUGAUGUGAUCUUUCGUUCUCCGCGAAUUCCGUUUCGUGUAAUGUAUCUAGCACUGAAUCGAUUUACAUCAGAUCCAAAAACGCGUCGCUAUCUAUUUCCGCACGUGAAUACACCAAAAAUAAGCAGCAACUCAGGCAGAUUGUCAUUAAUCAACGCUGACAUUCAAUCUAAUCCUGAACAAUUGGAGGCCAUACAGCAGAUCGUUGCUGGGCCUAACCCGGAAGUGCCCUACAUUCUGUUUGGACCCCCAGGCACCGGCAAGACCACGACAAUUGUGGAGGCUAUUCUUCAAGUGUACCUAACGGGGCGGGGUCGUAUCCUCGUAUCAAUAGGCUCCAAUGCAGCUUGCGAUGUGAUAACCUUGAAGCUAAUCCAGCAUAUUGAAAAAGAUAAACGUCUUCAGUCACUUCAGUCCGGAGAAUCAGGGCUCCUUCGCCUGAUCUCGGCCACACAAUUUAAGAAGCAUGUUAAAUCUAUUCAUCCCGCUGUGUUGAAGUACUCCAACUAUGAAGAGAAUCGAAGGAAGAAGACUAAAUCUCGCACAGGCUUGAAAAAAAUUGAUUUAGCAAAAUAUAAAAUCGUUGUGGCGACUCUGUGCUUGUCUGGAUUAAGAGCUGCACGGAGUCUUGUCAAAUUUACCCACAUUUUCAUUGAUGAGGCCGCAUCCGUUUCAGAGCCAGAGACAUUGCUGGCGAUUGCGGGUAUUAAAAAUGACAAUUGCCAUGUUAUACUCUCUGGGGAUCACCAGCAGUUGGGCCCCGUCGUAAAGAGCAAACGUGCCAAGAGUCUCGGAUUGGAUCAUUCCGCUAUGGAACGCCUGUUGCUGCAUAAAAUGUACGAAGUAAACGAGAAGGGUCAAUACGAUCGCACAGUGCAGUCACGAUUACGGCGCAGUUACAGAGCGCACCCGGAGAUCAUUGGGCUCUACAACAAGCUCUUUUACAAUGGCAAUCUUAUCCCAAUGGCACCGAUGGCACAGGUCAACCAAGCGGCCAAUUGGAGCAUGCUGGCAGAUGGAAAGUUUCCAAUUUUGUUCCAGGCAACACAUGGCGAAACGGAAAUCGAAACCAAUUCCACCAGUAGCUUCAACAUGCUGGAGGCACAGAUGGUCUGCUGGUAUGUGCUGAGCCUGCUGAAAGAUGGACUUGGUGGCGUUAAGGUGGAGCAAAACCAUAUUGGCAUCGUGACUCCAUAUUUAGCUCAAUACCAACUGCUAAAGCGUAUGCUACGCGUAAUUAAACAGGAAUCGGUUGAAGUUGGCACCGUGGAGAGAUUUCAGGGGCGUGAAAAACCGAUUAUGAUUGCAUCGCUGGUUAGCUCAUUUUCAGGCGCAAGUUUCCUAUCCAAUCCACGCCGGAUCAACGUGCUGCUCUCCCGUGCCAAAUUGUUGCUAAUACUGAUUGGUAAUCCAAUCACCCUAGGCAAAAAUCAAAAUUUCAAAUUCAUUAUCGAUCAGUGCAAGGCUCACGGCAACGUACAGUACAAGAUGAACAAAAUUAAGGACGAUAGCAUUGUCGAUCUACUGAAGAACUUAAAACUGCAGGAUAUUAAAGACGAAGAAAUGACCAGCAGCCAAUCAUCUUUGGACUCCAUUUAGUAUGAACUCCAAGAGUUGUGAAUUUUUUACGUUUGAUUGCAGCAAACAUCAAUUUCAGAAAAUUUUAAGCCUUUUGCUAAUUUAAUAUUCAAUCAAAAAUUUCAGAUUUUGUUCAGUAAUUUUUAGUUUC